UGCAUGUGGACAUUAAAAUGAUUUUAAACAUUUGGAUUGUCAUAGGAAUUGUUUUAGGUAUAUUUUCAAAGAUCAUUUUGGCUGAUUAUCAGUGUAUAUGCAGCUUUAAUGGCAACAGGCCAGUAUACGUUUCCCCGGACUACGCUUCCGACGUCGUUUUUUUUUUACAAAUGAAUGCUUGUCGCGAGUAUUUGUAUCCGAUUGACGAGCGGUGGAACGCGGUUUUGUUUAUGCAAAAGGUGGGAUUCAUUCAGUCGGAUCCAAGUAUGAUUGACAACUGUUUUGGAAAUCCUGUUGAUACACCUUCAUCAUUGUCAACAAAUGUAAACUUCAUAUCGACAACAUCAGUCAAGUUUACACAAACGACAACAUCACAGCGACCGUCCGUUACACCAACAACUACAACAACCACCCCAACCACCCCAACGAAGACGACAACCACCACCACCAACCCCACGACCCCCACGACGACGACCACCAUCACCAACAACAACAGCUCCACGACCCCCACGACGACGACGACGACCACCACCAUUAAAACCCCCAAGACCCCCUUGACGACAACCACCACCACCACUUCACCGAUGAUUUCCAGUACUGAGCAUGCAAAGUCUCCGUCCUCAGCGAUUCCAGAAGGUCACAUAGAGCUUUGUCCCGACCAUGUAAGGAAUGACUUGAGCAUCUUCAAGGGUUUCCUUGGUCAAUACGGAGAUUACUGCUUUGAGCUGGUCGAUGUCAAAAUACAGUGGCACAACGCUCAAAGACAUUGCACAGUCGCAGGAGAUGGCUUCCUUGUCCACGUGACCAACCAGCUGGAACAGGAUUACAUUGUCCGAUUCCUUUCUAACCACACCUACGUGGAAUCCAUAUGGCUGGGCUUGACAGAUUCAGAACAGGAAGGAGCAACGGCAGAGGGAAAGUGGACAUGGAUAUCUGGUGACCCAGUAACGUUUACAAAAUUCGGACCUGACUUCAACACACAGACAGCUAAUGACCACAAGCUCCACGACUGUGUGAUAAUGAAGAACGGGGGUGAAUGGACAGAUGUCCCCUGUGGUGUCUCCCUCUUUGUCGGGACCGGGUUCGGAGAGUCACAUCCCUUCAUCUGCCAAUACAAUGUGACUUCAAAACCACCCAGCCUAUACGGACACUUAACAGAUGCUCUGGUCGGCUAAAUUAUUUCCCCCAUCAAAUUAAACAACACUGUAACUUUAUUUUCUGAUGAACUUUGGAUUGAACUAACUAUUUCCGAAUGUGUCCAUUUCUUCUCGAUGAAAUUCGCCUGAUAGAAAUUGAAAGGCGUUAAAGAAGUAUGAAGAUAUGGAAACAAUAUUUGUGCAGUCAGACAUCACAUAGUGUGGAAUGCCUUAUCGGCAUUUUGCACAUGUCUUCUUGGUUUCAAAAGACACAAUAUACAUGUACAUUCAUUACUUCAUCGUGAGAAUGACAUGGUAACGUUAUAUGUGUCUUCUUUUCCAUUUGUUUCUAAUUCGUAAUUGUACAGUGGAGUUCUAAAGUGCAUGAACGUCAAAAUCUGAAAUGACUUGCUUGUUAUGCAAUGAUUUAAAUCUAGGAGGACUAAAAAACAUUAUUUCAUGCUUUAUUUACGUUUAUAUUGAGCUUUCCUGUAAUCUUAAGAGAUUUAUCAGUGAAAUAAAUGAAAUUGUACUGUUUCAAACAACCACUACGAUAUUGCGAGCUUAC